UGUGUGUGUGUGUGUGUGUGUUGUUCUUCACGAUUCACAUGCAUUGUUUUUUCAGGGAAGAAAUGGGAGUACAAGUCGAUCUUAAUGGCAUUAGUUGGGAAAAAAAUCGUUACUUUAAUGAGAUUGUUACCGUUCAAAAGGUGGUUCCACUCAACUUAACUGGCACCCCCUUCUUUUCCAUCAAUACACUAACUAACACCUCCACCUCCUCCUCCCACCCUAACAGAUAUUACCAUAGUCGUCGCGGCAUCACCUCCUCCUCCGCCUCCUCCUCCCACCCUAACAGAUAUUACCCUUCUAGUCAUCGCGGCAGCACCUCCCGCCCUAACAGUAAUAGUCGUAAUGACACCUCAUUCUACACAUACAGACAGCAGGUCCACCAUUAUGAAGAAGAAGAUGACGAUUAUACCCACAACAUGCUCGUAUUAACCCCACCACUCCCAGAGCGCCAAGAGGAUGUGCCCUAUCCUCUAACGCCUGAAGGCUACCCUGAUUGGGAUCUUAUAAAUCUUAGAAAUGGAUGUGACAUCAACUAUUCUAAUUUCGUUUAUGGGUGGCCUGGAUAG